GCGCACCGAACGCGCCGCACCGUGUCUCCGCGCCGCUCUCACACAAAAUACAACAAAAUAACCCACAAUACCACAACCAAUAACCAUUCAAAUGCCAUUUAAACAAGUGCACGAGUGCCUCGAACAGUGUUUUCAUUUACAAACCAGUGAAUAAACAGUGCAAGUGGUAAUGACAGGCGAGCUUUCUAAGCAGCGUCCUAGCUCUGUGAAUAAUGAUAUGAAACAAUAUUUUGUACACCGAUAAAUAGGGUGUAACAGUGCACUUUAAUCGUGAUGACAAAAUGAAAUGCUAAGACAGGCAGUUGCGUAACCAAUGCUAUUGAUUUCAAACCAAUGCUAGUGCGAUGCCGCCACGUCGAGGCAGCCGUCCGACUGUCCGGCACUUCCAUAACCAGCCGGAGCUGCAGCGAGGGUUUGGGCUGAUGCUGCGGUGGACACUCUUCGUGUGGCUCGCCAGCUGUGGCCCACUUGGAAAUACUGUUAAGCAGGAUGUUUGUGCCUUCCCAGCACAUUGGCACGGCCGCUGGUUCCAGUCGGGCGUCAUCCAACCCAUACUGAUAGAAGGAGACCGUUUUUCUAACAAGGGGAAGUGCCUAUCUUCUGAAGGAGAGAAGUUUCUUAUUGUUGAUGAGAAGGGCUGUUACCGCUGCGUUGUGAUGCAUGAAAAGCAUAAAAAUGUUUUACAAUACAAAGAAACAUUCUGCCACAGAAGAGAUGCACUACCUCAUCUAUGUUCCCUUAUAACAGGCGAUGCAUUGCUGUAUUCGAUGUUUAGAGAAAAUGCUGAUCCAGUGAACUGUCCUCUGAAAGGGCCAUUUUCUUUUACUUACAAUAGGGGUCACGGGGACUGCAAAAAUCCAGUGUCUUCAAUAGAGAGUUGCACAGAAGACUCGAGACUGUUGCUCAAUUAUCAAGCCUGUCCUGAUGUACAUGGAUCAGAAAGCACCGUGGAAGAACUGGAAUGUCUAGCUACGUGGAAAGAAGGGAGUCUCCGGUUCCUCGUUGGAAAACUACAUCACAACCAUGCAACUAGCAACGAGGACAGAUACCGAUGUUUCGUUUACGAGAAGACAAAUGGUAUUGCUUCAGGCACAGGAAUGAAGGAAAGCUCAAGUUUCUCUUCAGAAGUAGAAUACAGAGUAGCACAAUCUGGUGAUGCGACGUGCAAUGGACUCUUUAGUGCUACGGAAGGCUCUAGGACUAUGGCACUAAAACGGGUGUCAGUCCGCUUCAACUGCCAAUUUCCUUCCUGGAUGACGUUCUCCCACACCUGGCAUACCCUGGACUUCAGCAGUAACUACACCUUCUAUCAGAGAAACGCAACGCUCCGUAUCACAAAUCAGACUGGUGCAGAUAUCAAAGUGUACUGUGUCAAUGUAAAGGCUAGCUCGCCGAGUGGUAAUUCCGUGGCUUUAGUUGCGCAUUGGCAGCAUCAUUGUGUAUCACGCUACGUUUGUGUAGUGUUGUACCGAAGAGACACCUUUAUAGCGGAGUUGCAGCGCGGUUCGCCCACCACUCGGCCUGAUGACGCAUGCUCCCCUCAUCACUUCAACGCUGUCACUGCCCCUUAUGUUACUUUAGUCGCAAGUAAUCCAGAAUCGAAAGAAUGUCCGUACGCGGGAAAGUAUACGAUCGAAACUCGAAAUCAUAGAAGUGCGAGAUCGCUUCACAAGAACAUACGUGAUAAUUAUAGGAGUAAGCGAGAAAAAGCAAUGUUGGAACAUAAUCGUAGAAUUAACGGCACUAGGUUGUUUAAUUUUAGCGUAAGAAAUAUGUCCGAUGCACCCAUGUUGAGGAGUCGAAGACAAUUGGACGGAAGUGAAGUUAGUUGCGCAAUCAGCAACUAUGAGAGACUUGAAGUUGGCUGUAAUUCUGCCAAGAAUAUGGAGUUUUAUUCGACUUGUGAAAAUAAGGAGGUGGUUACAGCUUAUACCUGUCAUGGAGGAUGGUAUGAAAACGGCGCGUCUUUUGUUGUAACUACACCAGUUACGCGCGACAGCACGGCUGCUCGACGAUACUGUUUUGUGUCACACGAGUCACGCGGAGCCACGCUUACCGUGACACGCUCUGCUAGCAACUGCGAGCGUAUUAACACUGAGCCUGAACCAUUGGUGUUCGACGCUACAUCUAUUGGUGAAUGUCAAGAUCAGACCAACAACCAGUCAUUGCAGAGGAUAUCACUUUUUCCCAUUAUUUGCACCACAAUUUUCAUCAUCCCCUACAUCAUCCCGAGAUGAUUUCGAUCCGCAAACUAUUAGUUCAACCAAGACCUUUGUAAUUAUAGCACUAUAGAAACAUAUUUUUAGUUAUUAAGAAUUUUCUAGAACAUUAGCUACACUUUUUGCGUUUUAAGUUUCGUUUUUGUUUGAGACUGUACAUUUUGAAUUAGAUAUAAAACGAUAUAAUUAUAUCACACUGUGACGAAAAACUGUGUAUCAUAGAUAGUCCUAAACCGCCUCAAAUCAUAAACUCAUCCCCAUUCGAACUCUUAAUGAUUUUUAUAAAGUUUUAGAUACCUAACCUUAACUCAUUUUGAAUAGAUAUUGUAUUGCACAUAUUAUAUCUUGUAUACCUUACCUAACCUAUACUGUUUUACAUUUUUAUCAUAUUACCUAAACUAAAUUACCUAAAGUAAGAAAUAAAGGCGAAAAAUUGAAAUAACCAGGGGCACGUGAUUACCGUGAUAAUUUAAUUAUUAUCUAUAAAUCUAAUACGACGCAAAUGUUAAUAGUACACGAGAGGAGGAAAGAAAUUCAUGUUCCAAGUUGAACUUGCCUACCCUGGACGACAAUCGGCGUGUACCUUUCAGCAAUGGGCAAAUCGUUUCACCAUCAUCAUCGGCGGGAUCAGUUAUGGGCCUCAAUAAUGAGUGUACGCUAUUCAUAUGAUAAGAAAAAGAAGAACAUCAUUAGAACUUCAUCUUUAUGAUUUUUUUUUGUUGACCUUAAAAAAUUGACUGUUCAUAUCAAACUACAAACUUUCCACUACUACUUAUGUAGCUCUGUGAAAGAAGAUGUUACAUGAAAAUUAUUCGCGAUCGGUGUCCCGGGUGUUUCGCUGUAAAUUGAUGUGUAAGGUAGAGAUCAUACCAUGACCAUACCUAUGUAAUAAACAAGCCUUUAGAAUUUUUUCUCAAUUUUUAUGAAUGUUUUUACUAAAAUUAUUAAUUUGUAUGAAAUUUCGUUUUUAAGUAUGGUAUCUACCUUAUUCAUAAUGAAUCAAGUGGCUUAUUUCACCACCGAAAUGUAAACGUAAGUGCAAAUUAUAACUAAUGAGAGGCUUCGUUAUUUUAAAAUUAUAUUACUAUCUCAGUAAGUUUAAUUUGUUUUUGGUGAUCAACGUACAGCAUUUUUAGUCAUUAUUUCUAACAGAAAUUAUUUGGUUUUCGUUGUUCUGUAGUCUGCUAGUGCGUUCCAUAUAAACAAAAUGUGUCAAUAAGAUGCUGUAAACACAAUUUUGAACUAGUAUGAAGUUCCGUGGUAAGUCAAUUUCUUAAAAAAGGAACAACACUAUUGUAUUUUUUUUAAAUACAUUGGAUUAUUUCUACAGAUUUUGCUAAACCAUGACCCUCGAAAAUAUAAUUAUUUCGUUACAUUUAACGAUUAGGUAUAUUUAAACAACUGCAAGAUAAUUUACAUAAAUAUCAAAAUAAUUACGAGAUGCCUAACGUGCCCGCAGCGCUGAUUAGUAGAUUAUUUUAUUUCGUCGCUCAUUUGUGGUAGAAUUUGCUUCGUACACAAUAUAGUAACGAAUCAAAUGCUAAUCGUUGAUCAAUCCAAAAACUCUGAUAAAAGUGGAUACGGACUUGUGUAUACCAUAUCUACGCAACUAAUCCCUAGUGAUGUCGUUAUCAUAACCAUAGAUAUAGAAAAAAUCAUAACACGCUGCCUACACGGUAACGAGUCAAUAACAUAUAAAAUCUCGCGUGCCACAGAGGAAAAACAUCUCUAAAACGUUUUUGGCACGUCCAAGUCGGUAUUCACCUUGAAUUAACAUUUUCACAUUAAUUUAAAAAACAGAGGUGGUGUCCGGUCUAGUAUCAAAAAGAGAAUUUAAAACAAGAGGUCGACAGAAAGACGCGUAUGGUUGUGAAAAUUGUUUCUUGUUGCGACAGUUUUAUGAUGUUUCCGACUGUCUACAUAGCCGUAGACUGUUAUAAUAGUAAGUUUAUUGUAAUAUUCAUGUUUUAAACGAUUAUUUUCAUAAUUUGCCAUAAAUAUCACAAAAACCAUUCAGUCUUAAGCACAAUUUUCAAACGUAGGGUGCUGUUAUAG